UGUUGUCUGUUUUUUACACCAGCUUUAGCUCUGCAGAGAUGAAGCGCCCCCUCCACCCUCUUCUUCUCUCUCUCAUCAUGUCUAUGUGUGCUGGGAGCAAAGGCCAUGCUGAGCAUCUGACCAGGGACAACUUGACCAUGUCCCUCUUGCCUGCUAACUUCCACAAAGAGAACACAGUCACCAAUGACUGGAUCCCAGAGGGGGAAGAGGAUGAGGACUAUCUGGACCUGGAGAAACUACUCAGUGAAGAUGAUGACUACAUUUAUGUCGUUGAUGGUUCCCCGACAGACUCAGAAUCAAGCGCUGAGAGCAUCCUGCAGCUCUUCCAAGGCAAGAGCCGAAUCCAGCGUCUCAAUAUCCUCAACGCAAAGUUUGCCUUCAACCUUUACCGAGCGCUGAAGGACCAGGCUACUGCCUCUGAUAACGUCAUCAUAGCACCUGCUGGCAUUUCUAUUGCCAUGGCGAUGAUUUCCCUAGGUUUGAGGGGACAGACCCAUGAGGAAGUCCACUCAGUUCUACACUUUAAAGACUUCGUCAAUGCUAGCAGCAAGUAUGAGAUCACCACCAUUCAUAACCUCUUUCGGAAGCUGACCCAUCGCCUAUUCAGGAGGAACUUUGGGUACACUCUCCAGGCCGUCAAUGAGCUUUACAUUCAGAAGCAGUUCCCCAUCCGGGAGGGCUUCAGAGCUGCUAUGAGAGAGUUUUACUUUGCUGAGGCCAGGGAGGCUGACUUCUCGGAUCCCGCCUUCACAGCAAAGGCAGACAGGCACAUCUUGAGGCUCACCAAGGGCCUCAUCAGAGAAGCUCUGCAGAAUAUCGAUCCUGCUACUCAGAUGAUGAUUCUCAACUGCAUCUACUUCAAAGGAACUUGGGUGAAAAAAUUCCCAGUAGAAAUGACCCACAACCGCAACUUCCGGCUGAACGAGCGAGAAGUAGUUAAAGUCUCCAUGAUGCAAACUAAAGGGAAUUUCCUUGCGGCAAGUGACCAGGAGCUGGACUGUGACAUCCUCCAGCUGGAGUACGUAGGGGGCAUCAGCAUGCUAGUUGUAAUUCCACGCAAGCUGUCGGCAAUGAAGACUCUGGAGGCCCAGCUGACGCCCCAGGUCGUGGAGAGGUGGCAGCGAAGCAUGACAAACAGAACUCGGGAGGUACUCCUGCCCAAGUUUAGACUUGAGAAGAAUUACAACCUGGUGGAGGUCCUCAGGUCCAUGGGAGUCACAAAGCUGUUCAGCAAGAACGGCAACUUGACAGGCAUCUCCGAGCAGAGGAUCACCACUGACCUGUUCAAGCACCAAAGUACCAUCACAGUGAACGAAGAGGGCACCCAAGCUGCAGCUGUGACCACAGUGGGGUUCAUGCCACUGUCUACCCAAGUCCGAUUCACUGUCGACCGGCCCUUCCUGUUCCUCAUAUAUGAGCACCGAACCAGCUGCCUGCUCUUCAUGGGAAGAGUGGCCAACCCUGCCAGGUCUUAAAGGGGGUGCUCUUGGCACCUGAUGUAGUUUGGGGACACUCUGUAAUUCUGUUUCAUUCCAACAAAGAGAACAGAGGUAUCUUGAUAUGAUAACUUAUGUGGCUUAUGGUAAUAAUCUGAAUUUAAGGCCCACAGAGAAAAAGAGAGUUACCAUGGACUAGGAAGCUGACACAGUAAGCAGUGCACAAAUCCACAGGACCUAAUGCAACUAACUGUUGUGGCAACUGUUCCCAGGGGUCCUAGCAACAUACAGACAGCCUCUGCCCCAACUCCUUUGCCCCUAGAGCAAACUGCCCUGUACCUGACACUGUCUGCACAGGCAACCUCAUCCGCCUUUACUGUUUAGGCCUGUUCUCAGCCAGGUCCCCAUCUGAAUGGUACCCAGGUCUUACCCCUCCCAGGGAGGAUGCCCAAGUAGCACCAUUCCCGCCCAGGGGAAAAGCAGCCUCAAUAUGUCUGAGAUGUUGGGACUUAAUCCAAGGCCCAAUAUUCUAAAUUCAUGUAAAUAUCUCCUCUCCUGAUGCCUCAGCAUUACCUAUGUGCGUACAUAAGGAUACAUAUCCUAUAUAGAGAUAAAUAAACAACCAUAUUUACUGUGUAUCUGUUAAGAUUUUAUA